AGAAGGCGCAUUUUAUAUACAGCAGACUAGAGCAGAGGACGCAGAGGUUGUAAAACUUGUAACGAAUGUUGUGAGAAAUGCUAGGAUAUUGUGGUUAUGUUAUGUACUGUCCGCAUUCUGAAUUAUCGUAACGCGAACAAAAGACAAAAAUAAGUGACUGAUGAAACAUACUGCAAUCUACAAUUGAUAGAUUUUUUAUAUUCGCAAAAAUGUCGCGUCGAUUUAGUCCCAGAGGAAAGUUAAAUUCCUUUGCACGACGUAAUAGAGAAGAACAACCAAUGCAAUCGUCUACAUCUGGAUAUGGAGGCUUGCACUCACAAAUGCGAAGACCUCCUCCUGGACUUCGUGGAAAGGAAAUAGGACUAUUUUAUAGAAACUUAAACAGAGAGAAAAACAAGAAAAAAUCCGCAGUUUAUAAAUUAUCACCUCACAUAGAACAAAAAAUUAAGAUUGUUUUAAGUAAUUCUAAGAGCUUUUACAGUUCAAUUCUUGAUGAAACAUCUAAUUCUGAAUAUGACAACAAAUAUAAUCAUAUUCAUGAUUCUCAAUUUAAAAGAAAUUUUUUAGAAAUUAUAAAUGGUGAUAUAGAGCACAAUAUUGCCAAAGCUAUGAGUAUGGGAUCGUCAAAAUUGCAAAGAAAUAGUCAUAUGGACAGAAUAUUACUAAAUGAAUAUAUAGAUAAGCAAACUCAAGAUGAUUAUAUAAAUAUGUCAAAAUUUCGAUCAAAAUUACCAGCAUAUCAUAAGAAAUCAGAAAUAUUACAAUUGAUUAAAGAUAAUCAAGUUGUUGUUGUUAGUGGAGAAACUGGAUGUGGCAAAACCACGCAGGUAGCACAAUUUAUAUUGGAUGAUCAAUUAGAAGCUGAAAAUGGUAGUAUUACUCGAAUAAUUUGUACACAGCCUAGAAGAAUUUCAGCUAUUUCUGUUGCUGAACGUGUAGCUAGAAGAGCGGAAAAACUUGGGAAAUCCGUGGGCUAUCAGAUACGACUCGAAAAAACUCCAAUGCGGGAGCAAGGAAGUAUAUUAUUUUGCACAACUGGUAUAUUACUACAAAUUAUGAAGACUGAUCCAGCAUUAAAGAAAUUCUCUCACGUGAUAUUAGACGAAAUUCAUGAACGUACCACAGAAAGUGACUUUAUUAUUACAUUAUUAAAACAAAUUAUUCCAAAAAGAACAGACUUAAAAGCUUUGAUGAGUGCAACAUUAAAUUCUGAACGUUUUUCAAGAUAUUAUAACAAAUGUCCAAUGAUACAUAUACCAGGAUUUACCUUUCCAGUUCAAGAAUUUUAUUUAGAAGAUAUCGUGUCAUUUACACAAUUUCAAUUUCCCGAACCACCUCCAGAACCUACAGGUUACAGAAAACAUCUAAAAGGAUAUAAAGAACAACAACAUAAGAAAGACGAAUUUUUAGAUAUAGUACUACCUUACGUUAGACAACUUAGAAUUGAGAGGAAAUAUGGAGAAAAUGUUUAUAAUCAAUUACGGAAUUCGAAUAGUGAAGAACUUUCAUUGGAUCUUAUAGAAAGGUUAGUUAGGUAUAUCUGUUAUAUGAAAGAUCCUGGAGCUAUUCUUAUUUUUUUACCUGGUAUGAUGGAUAUAUCACAAUUAAAUAGAAUGAUGUUAGAAUCUGGAUGUUAUCCAAGCAACAAAUACAUUAUCUAUCCUCUUCAUUCACGCAUGCCGACAAUUGAUCAGAAACUUAUAUUUAAAGAACCGCCUGAUGAUAUUCGUAAAAUAAUUAUUGCAACUUCAAUUGCUGAGACGUCAAUAACUAUAGAAGAUGUAGUGUAUGUAAUAGAUUGUGGGAAAACAAAGCUUGGAAGAUUUGAUGUAACAAACAACAUUCAAACCUUAAAGCCUGAAUGGGUAUCUUUAGCUAAUGCUAAACAAAGACGCGGUAGAGCCGGAAGGGUUAAAAGUGGAGAAUGUUAUCACAUGUAUUGCAAAGCUCGAGAACUGACAUUUGAUCAAUAUCCAUUACCAGAGAUGUUGAGAACGCGCUUAGAAGAGGUAAUUUUGCAAAUAAAAAUUCUCCAAUUAGGAAAAGCCAAAGAGUUCCUAGCUAGUGUUAUGGAUCCGCCAGAUCUAAAAGCCAUCGAUCUAUCUCUCAGUUUACUUAGAACACUUAAUGCUCUGGACGAAGACGAGCAUUUGACUCCUUUGGGUUAUCAUUUGGCACACUUACCGCUUGAUCCUAGAACAGGAAAAAUGAUUCUCUGGGCAGCAUUGUUCUCAUGCGUCGAACCAAUAUUUGCUAUUGCUGCUAGUCUUACAUUUAAAGAUGCUUUUUAUUGUCCAUUGGGAAAAGAGGAAGAAGCUAAUAAAAAAAAGCUAGAACUCAGUAUGGGAGAGUACAGUGAUCAUAUUGCUCUCGCGGAAGCUCUAAGAAGAUUUGAAAUUGCACGCCGAAAAGGAAAUGCUGGCCAAUUUUGCAGAGAAUACUUUCUUUCUUACAACACAUUGAAACUUCUUUCCGAAAUGAAAACUCAAUUUGCACAGUAUUUAUAUGACAUGAAAUUUCUGAAUAGUGAUAAUCCAGGUGAUAGAAAUGCUAAUAGAAAUUCAAAUAACAUAGCGUUGAUAAAAGCUAUUGUUUGCGCAGGAUUAUAUCCUAAUAUCGCUGUUAUAAGAAGAUCUACUAAAAAGGGAAUAAUGUGUUGGACACCGGAAGAUGGAAGCGUACGUGUGCAUCCGUCGAGUGUAAAUUUCAAAGCUUCCAUUUUUCCUAGUCCAUAUUUGACGUAUUUUAUAAAGCAACGUUCCACCGCUAUAUAUUUGCAUGAUACUACGUGUAUAAGUGUUCCAAUUUUAUUAUUUGGAUCAAAUAUAUCGAUAAGACGAGAAAAAGGAAAAUGUGCAAUUAUUAAUUUUAAUUUUUCUGAAAGUAUUAUUUGUGAACCACAAACUGCGGAAGUGAUACUGGAACUUCAACAUGCUCUGAAUUCUUUAUUGGAAUAUAAAAUUACGAAUCCGGCAAUAGUAAAUUGGUCAUCUUUUGAAGGACAAAUGUUAAAUGCAAUCAUUGAAGUAAUAUCCCAAAAGGAUUACAAUGACGAAGAUUUUACUUAUUAUAGUUCCGAUUGAUAAUUAUAUCGUGUUUAUUAAUUUAUUCAAGUGUUAAUAUGUUGUGUAGUCAAUUUUAUGUUGUGCAGAAAUACUAAAAAGAUAUGUAAAGUGACGAUUUAGAUUAAAUCAAUGAAGAGAUCGUUUAGAGGAGGAGCCGACAACAAUGUAACACAACGUACACGAUUCUUCAAGCAACCAUAAUGCAACAGGACGCGAACUUUGACCCAUUUAUACUUCGCGCGAUCGUCAAUAAAAUACUAUAUCUAGCCGCUGCUGCUUUGCACCGCUUUGUCAUUCAUGAAUGUAAAACGUACUGCCACAACUUGGUUGCUUCAAGAGAAGGUGAAAAUGAGUGUAAAGAUACAUUCCGAUCAUACUCUGUGUGUUGUGCGAUUAAAAUAUGUUAUAAUCUAUGCAAGAUAUAUUGUAAAUUUAUAUUUUAAAUAUACACACACAUAUAUAUAUAUAUAUAUAUGUAUGUGUGUGAGAAUAUAUCUCUUUAAACGUCACAAUUCCGAAGCUGUUUUGUGAGUACUAAAUAUUCCAUUAUUCAUGUAUUAAUGCUGCAAAUUCUAUAUAUAUACGCCUGCUUUUUCUUUAUCUAAUCCACCGCUGCAAUAAUACAGAAUGACUUCAGCAAA